AAUUAGGAUUCCUUCCCGCUAGAAAUGGUGAGAGGCCCGUGGAUUGACGAGUAUGGAAAGAAGAAAGGUAAGUGGAGUAAAGAAGAAGAUGAUCUUCUGAGCGCUUAUAUCCUUAAACGUGGCAUCUUUCCCAACUGGCGGCAGCUCCCUAAAUUCGCCGGUAAGCGAAAAUCUAACUUUAUUACCCAAAUUAAUAGUACUGUACUGGAACUUCCAUCUUUUUCCUUUAUAAUUACGAUAUAUAUCCUCCCAUUUUGUACCCAGGAAAAAAGAAGAAAAAAGAAGAAGAAAUGGAUAUGGUUCUCUUACAUGUGUGAAGAUUUAGGGUUUCUAUGGUACAAUAUUAUGCAGCACCUUAAUAACUGAUUAACAAGAUCUUGGGUGACGUGUGUGUAAUAUGUUUGUUUGGUCAGGAUUGAAUCGAUGUGGGAAAAGUUGCAGAUUAAGAUGGGAGAAUUAUCUGAAGACAGGGGUGAGACGGGGAGAUUAUACCCCUGAAGAGGAGGAUCGCAUUCUCAAAUUGCAUCAGCAAUAUGGCAACAAAUGGUCAGUGAUUGCAUCAAAAUUUCCCGGAAGAACUGACAAUGACAUCAAGAAUCACUGGCACACCGAUAUGAUGAGAAAGAAAGUGGCCAUGAUGAUGAUGAAGAGGAAGGAAGAAUAUUCCAACUCAUCAUCAACCACAACAACUGAUCAGGAGACUUGUUGUGAAAGCUAUUCACCCCAACACAAUAUCAAUGAUGAUGUUUCAGAUCAAAACAAUUUUAACCUAGAAUCUUCUUCUUCUUAUUCACCGACGGAGAUCAGUAAUGAUUACAACAAGAUUGCUGCUGAUGUUGUUGUUGUUGUUGAUCAACCUACUCAUAGCAUAAGUCCAGAUCAAGUACCAUCUUCAAGCUACGAUCACAACAACGAUAAUAAUCUUCUUCCACCACAUUUUGAUGGAUUAGUGCUGCUAGACGACUGGGCUUCUGAGGAUAUAAUGAGUUCAUUGGAGUCAAUCAUGAAAGUCCUUGAUGAUUAUGACUUCUUGACCAGUCAACCCUUUACCAUGGCGGGCGAUUCUUCAGCAUCCCACAAUAUUGAUCAUGAUCAGCAAUUCCAUGCAACAAGCCUUAGCACCCUUUGUCUGGAUGAGAUUAAUGAUUGGGACUUCUGGUUGCCCGACUUAACCGACAUUGCAUCUUCUAAUUAAGAGAAUGGUGUAUUUCUCAGUUAUUUCAUGGCUUCAAAAGCUUCUUUAAUUUUCUUUCAAGGCAUUCUCCAGUAUAUUAAUAUGUUGAAUGUAUAGAAGCUAUGCCCUCUCCCUGUGUUUUGUUAUAAUAUAGUUAAAGCGUGUAUAUUAAAAAUACUUCAUCUGUCUUAAAAUAUAAAUAAGACUUCUUUUUGGUUCUGAUAUAGCAAAAC